UUUCGAAAGUAAUUGGGAAAUCAAAAUAAAAAAAAAAAAGAGGAGUAAACCUUAAAAACCAUCUCCCCAAUUUCCCUCACCCCUUUGCCCUUGUUAGUCCCCCUAGAAAGUUCCCUUUCCUUCAAGGGCCUCAAAGCAAAAAUGGCCUAAACCACCUCUCCCUCCCUUCUCUACUCUUUCUUUUCUUUUCUUUUCUUUUCUUUUUUAAUUUUUUUUACACCUCUUACCCCCGACCGUUUAUUUGAUUAUUUUCCUUUUCCAAUUUACCCCGCCAAUGGGCGGCCCCGCCGUGGCCGGGGCGGCGGCGCCGCCGCCGUGACCUCGCCGGAACCCUAGAGUGCCAUGGCCGGGGGCGGCGCUCCUCCUCCUCCUCAUCUUCCUCCUCCUCCUACUCUCGAUGUCGCCGAGAUCCUCUGCAAGCUCCAGAGCGUCGGCUUCUGCUCUGAUCUCCCGGCGCCCGCCAUUGCCGAGCUCGGCUUCUUCGAUCGGGUGCUCUCAGCCUUCUUGAAGGAGAUCUACCGGAGCGGGGAGAUCCGGCCCCUCCCCGCCAUGCUCGGCGACGGGCGCCAUGUAAACUUGCUCGAGCUCUACGCGGCGGUGCGCGAGAGGGGCGGGUACGAGUCGGUCUCCGAGCACCGGUUGUGGGCGCCGGUGGCGGAGGCGAUCGGUUUCGAUUCAAGAGUCAGCUCUUCUUUGAAGCUGAUCUAUGCCAAGUACCUCGGUGCGCUCGAUUGGUGGUUUCAUGGGGUUUUUGAGAGGAAUUGUAGUUUGUCGAACUUGGAGGAAGUGAUCAAAGGAGCUAAAACUGGGGAUUCGGAUCAGAUGAAGAAGGUUUGUAAACCUUCACCCCCUUCAGGUUCGAAGAAGGAUCAGUUCUUGACCCCACCUAGAGAUAGCCGGAAAAAAUUGCAGCUCGAUAAUGGUGGGGGCGACAACGGCCUCGUUGUGGUGUUGGAGAAGGCUGUUGUGAACGGAGGGUCGUCUCUUCUUAAGAGGAAGAGAGACGUUUUUGUAGGGGUGGUGAACUGGUUGAGAAACAUCGCGAGGAAUCCUUCUUUUACGAAGUUGCAUUCGUCAUCGUCGGAUGGGGCGAAAAAUACACCUCACGUGGGUGGUGAACACUUUUCACUCGCACUUCAGUUGAGGGAGGCAAUGUUUAUUAAAAGAAUUCGUAAUGAGAACCCCAAUGGUUCUCUCGGGAAGAAAGGGCAGAAGAUAUGCCCCUCCAUGUAUGAUUGUACUACAAGUACCAAUCCACAGACUAAAGAGAAAACAAGAUAUAGUCAGAGGCUUCAAUCUAUGGGUGAGCAACCUAAUUUAGGCAAUUGUGCAGAAAUAUCAGCUCCUGAUACUGAAAUGAAAGGUAAAUCUACAGACACUUCACAUUUGCUAUCUAAAGAUCAGCAAGAGAGAGACACGAUACCUGUCGGUCGUCGAUUUCAAGCACAAGUCCCCGAAUGGACUGGCAAGCCUGUAAUUUCUGACGACCCUGAGACCUUAAAAUGGUUAGGCACAAGAAUCUGGCCAUUAGAAAAUGAAGAAAAAAGAGAAUCAUUUAACAAUGAUGGUCCUAUUGGACAGGGAAGGAAAGAUAAUUGCGGGUGUGAUAAGCCUGGUUUAGUAGAUUGUGUUAGGUUUCAUAUAGCAGAGAAGAGGCUCCAAUUGAAACGUGAAUUGGGUUCAGCUUUUUACUCGUGGGGAUUCCAUAAAAUGGGUGAGGAAGUUGCUCUUUCAUGGACCGAAGAAGAGGAAAGGAAAUUCAAAUCCAUUGUCAGCUUAAACCCACCCUCUUUGGAUAAGAAUUACUGGGACCAUCUGUAUAUAAACUUUCCUUCUAAGGGAAGGAAAAAUCUAGUGAGCUAUUAUUUUAAUGUAUUUCUUCUUUGGCGAAGAAGUUACCAAAACCGGGUUACUCCAAAUAAUAUCGACAGUGAUGAUGAGGAGUCAGAAUUUGGCUUCUUAAGUAAUCCUUUUGGCCAUGAUGCGAUUAUAUUUCGUGAUCCAGCAUGUCUUACUUGCAGCCAGAAUACACAAUGCAUGGAUAUAGAUGAGGGUCGACAAACUCAUGUCAUUGCCUUAUUGCUGGACAUAUCUUGCAAUUUUGUCGUUGGUAUGAGAAGAGAAUGGAACAGCAUGAAAAUAGAGGUAACUAUUGUUGUUUUGUAAUUCAGAUCUUCAUAUUUCUUUCGAUUGUGUUGUUGCAGGACAUUUGGUUUUUGUGCUUAUGAGUCCUAUCAUUCUUUACAAAAUCAGUUGUGUAGAACAUGAAUAGGCUUUUACUUUCCCCCUCUACUAUUUUGCAUGUUAGUUGCCCAAUUUGAAGUGAUCCCUGUUGUUGUAA